AUGAGUGUGAAGGCUUCAGAGCAGGAGGAGCAGGUCUGCCUAGCUGUCAUUGCUGCUGGGACUGUGAGGGACCAUGAGCCAUGUGCUCUCCUGGGCAGUGGCUCUUGUACUCUGUGCUUCCCUGAAUAUGCAGUGACCUAUGAUGAUGUGCAUAUAAACUUCACUCAGGAAGAGUGGGCUUUGUUGAAUCCUUCUCAGAAAAGUGUCUAUGAAGAUGUGAUGCUGGAGACCUAUGGGAACCUCACUGCCAUAGGCUACAGCUGACAUGGCCAUAAUACUGAAGAACAUUGUGAAAUUUUUAGAAGACACAGAAGGAAUCUUCAAAGGCAUGAAAAAAUUCACACCAGCGAGAAACCAUAUGAAAGUCUUCAAUAUGGUGAAAUCUUUGCAUGUCACAGUUUUCUCCAACUCCAUAAAGAAAACAUACUGGAGAUAAAACCAAUGAAUGUAAUCAGUGUGGUAAAGCUUUUACAAGUCAUGGUCAGCUUCAAAGACAUAAAAGAACACAUAAAGAUGAGAGAGCCUUCAACUGAAGUCAAUGUGGUAAAACCUUUAUAUGACUCAGUUAUUUCCAAGUACAUCAAAGAACACAUACAGGAGAGAAACCCUAUGAAUGUAAUCAAUGUGAUAAAGCUUUUGCAAGUCAUAACCACCUUCAAAGACAUAAAAGAACACAUACUGGAGAGAAACCCUAUGAAUGUAAUCAAUGUGGUAAA